CACCAAUGAGCGGCGACGCCAGCGGCGAAGGCGGGAUGGAGGAGGCCGAAACUUGCAACCAACGGGAAGCGCUGCAGAGGAAGAAGAAUGCAAUCUUAGUGGAUGGGGUAAUUUUAAAUGGCCCGGUAGCAGAUUCCAAAGCAGGAGAAAAAUUUGUGGAGGAGGCCAGUAAGAUCAUCAUGGAGGAGGUGAUCAAGAAAGCCGCUGAUGUAACAGAAAAGGUGUGUGAAUGGCAGCCUCCUGAAAAACUGAAAACACUGCUUGAUCUGGAUUUGAAAGACACUGGAGAGACCCAUCAGAGACUCUUACAACUUUGCCAGGAUGUUAUACGAUUCAGCGUCAAAACCAAUCAUCCAAGAUUUUUUAAUCAAUUGUAUGCUGGUAUUGAUUACUACUCUUUAGUGGCCCGUUUCAUUACAGAAGCAUUAAAUCCAAGUGUGUAUACUUAUGAAGUUUCUCCAGUGUUUUUGUUAGUGGAAGAAGCAGUCCUAAAGAAAAUGAUUGAAUUCAUAGGGUGGGAAGAAGGUGACGGCAUAUUUAAUCCAGGUGGCUCUGUUUCUAAUAUGUAUGCUAUGAAUUUGGCUAGAUACAAAUACUGUCCUGACAUAAAGGAAAAGGGGCUUUCAGGGAUGCCAAGACUGGUCUUGUUCACAUCAGAAGAGUGUCAUUACUCCGUGAAGAAGGCAGCGUCUUUCCUGGGAAUUGGCACACAGAAUGUUUACUUCAUCAAAAGCGAUGAAAGAGGUAAGAUGAUACCUGAGGAACUGGAGAAACAAGUCCAGCGGGCCAGGAAAGAGGGAGCCGCGCCGUUUUUUGUCAGUGCCACAUCUGGCACCACAGUAUUGGGAGCGUUCGAUCCUCUGGAUGAAAUAGCUGACAUAUGUGGAAGACAUGACCUUUGGCUGCAUGUGGAUGCAUCCUGGGGAGGCUCAGCACUGCUGUCAAGGAAGCAUCGCAAGCUUUUGCAUGGUGUCCACAGAGCCGAUUCUGUGGCAUGGAAUCCUCAUAAGAUGCUAAUGGCAGGGAUCCAGUGCUGUGCUCUUCUGGUGAAAGACAGUUCUGGCUUGCUUAAGAGAUGCUACUCUGCCAAGGCUUCAUACCUUUUCCAGCAAGACAAGUUCUAUGACGUCAGCUACGACACAGGUGACAAAUCGAUCCAGUGUAGCAGAAGAGCAGAUGCCUUCAAAUUCUGGAUGACGUGGAAAGCUCUGGGAACAGCUGGUUUGGAGGAGAGAGUAAACCGAGCCCUUGCACUAGCCAGAUAUCUAGUGGAUGAAAUUAAGAAGAGAGAAGGGUUCCAGCUGCUGCUGGAGCCGGAAUAUGCAAAUAUUUGCUUCUGGUACAUUCCACCUCGCUUGAGAAACAUGGAGAAAGGACCUGAAUUCUGGGAACAGCUCCAUCGGGUUGCACCCAUCAUUAAAGAGAGAAUGAUGAAAAAAGGCAGCAUGAUGAUUGGAUACCAACCUCAUUGCGGCAAAGCGAACUUCUUUCGCCAAGUAAUUAUCAGCCCCCAAGUGAGCCGUGAAGACAUGGACUUCCUGCUCGACGAGAUAGAAUCCCUUGGCCAAGACUUGUAACUGGUAUUCCACAACACAAGGGACUCCUUGUGUGUGUACAGAGUUU